UGGUAGACUAAGGUACAACGUCGCUCGCACGCACGUUCGUUCGUUCGCUAGCUCGUUUCGUCGUAGUCUCGUCGAACAGAAAAAUAAAUUUUGUGUAAAGCACUAAACACUAUAGUAGCGCCGCCGACACAUUAGCCAAGCUAGUAGUUGUCAAUAGAGUGAUGUGACAACGCGCGUAUAAUUCUCAUUCCAAUAAAAAACGCGCGUACGUGAUUAAAUAAUUUUACAAACAAAUAUUACUAAUAAGCUAUACAACAAAUAAACGUAAAAUAUUUUGCCGAAAAAUCAUUUGUUUCAAGCAAGUAAGCAAAGCAUAAAAGUGUAUAGCCAAAGGUGCAACAAAAAUUCGAAUAAGUAUUUCGAAAAAUUACAAUAAAAAAUUAACAGUUUGAAAAGUGACAUUUUUGGAAUUUCCUAAGCAAAGUGACAGGAGUUUUGCAGAAGACAAGUAAAUUUCCAAAUAAGAAAGAACGAAUAAAUUUCAAAACAAAAAGUUGCCGCACAAAAUACAACACAGCAAACCAGUGACAACAAGGAACUGUGCAAAUAUAAAAUUAAUAAAAAUUUAAAGUAAAUUCCAUUAAAGUAUUACUAUAAGCAACAUCGUGCAUUUUGUACACAACAACAAUUGCAGAAAAAAACGCGCGCUCUACCACAAACAGCGCCGAAUUAUCGAGUCAAAACCAAAGUCAAGUGUAACUAACUGUAGCAAUAAAGCAACACCAACAACACAUUGACAUUUGCCGAAAUAGCAGCAGCAACAACAAGAACAACUAGCGAAGAAACAGUGCAAAUUCCAGAGUUGUUGCAGCAUCUUAACGACUGUGUGUGUAUAUGUAUGCAUGUAUGUGUGACAGCAGAUUUCCUUCCGCAUUGAGAGGUGUAAACAAAGCGGCAACACAACAAGAAGCAGCAAGCAGCAGCACUUCUUGUGGCAAAUACAAUAAGCGCGCAAAACCACGCACAAGUGCAGCAGUAGCAGCAACAACAACAACAGCUAACACUAUCUAGUGACAAGUGGAACACAGAAAGUGUUUAAAAGCGGCUAACAAUUAGAACUAGCAGCAGCAACAAAUAUUAGUAACAAAAUAUCUGCAACAGCAACAAAAAGUAUUACAACAAAGCACUUAAAGCUUAAGAAAAACGCAAUUAUUUUGGCAUAAACUACUAAACUAAGAAAAAUCAUAACUUCAAAUUCCCUGUUUAUGAUUUGUGCCCAAUAAGAGCAACAAGCGCUGAACGUAUUUAAAGGACAGCAGCUAAUUGGAGUAUACGCUAAGAAGACACAGUGGCAACUGUAUAUUUUAUUAACUUCAAACAAUAAUGUGCACUGAGGUUAAUUCAGCAAUGGGUCUACAAGCUACAGCCGCUACCAAGCGGAAACAUGAGAUUACAUUCGAUGGCAAGGAUGCUAAUACAUAUACAAACAGUCCGCCACCAUUGAAGACAGGCAAAUGGUCAAUUAAUAAUAACAACUACAUCGAAGCCAUUGAGGAGCAACAAUUGAAUGGCAACAAUAUUAAAGACACAAACGCCAGUUUGCGUGCACUAACGAAUGGCGCAACAGAGAGCACGAAAAGCACAACAAAUGUGAAUAAUAACAACGGCAUAAAUAGCAAUAGUAAUAGUAUUAAUAGCAAUGGCCUCCACAAUAGUAUUAGCAAUGGUAAAGAAGUUACUAAAAACGCUGAGCACACAAGCGGCACAGCCGCUUCCAACACUAUAGCGUUACCAUCAAUGGUCGCCUCGCUGUUGCCUAUGUCCAGCGAAAUGGCUGCCACAACGCCAUUGCCACCCACCUCCACCACACCCGUACCAGAAGACAGUAUUGCCAAGUUGGAGGAGGUCGCUGCCGUGCCCUGUUGCGAGCCCUGGACUAAUGCUGCGACAGAACCAGUCGACUGCAUUUCCAAAUUGCAGGCUGUCGCCAUGCCGAGUGAUCCGUGGGGCAGCAUUGCGACACGCUCCACUUUGGCGACAACACUGCUCAGCGCCGAUGAGUUAGACGAUGAUGAUGAUGAUUUCGAGGAUGACUAUGAAGAGGAGGAAAGCAUAAUACCAACAUAUUGUCCACUGCGUUAUCAUACUUUUCCACCGCCACCAGCAGCGAAUACGGCGACGCAUCAGCAACAGCGUCUGGGCAGUUAUGCGCCCGCGACGCAUGGUUAUGGCUCUCGUCCCAACUACUACUCCGAGCCAUACCCACAACAGAAUUGUUCACGUACCGGCAGUCCGCAGCAUAUGCGUAUGGCUGGCAGCAAUGGUUUCACGCAAUGGCAGAGCACGUCCGGACCCACUAGUGGCGGUCAGCAGUUUUAUGUGCCACCCGAAGCGGCAUACCCGCCGCCACAGCAACAGACACCGCAACCGCCACAACAACAGCAGACAAUACGUUGCGCUGAGAAUGGUAAAUCAUAUUUGGAGUUGGGCUGCAGCAGUCCGCCGCCCAAUGUGAAUAAUACGCCUGUUGUGCCACCACCGCCUUUCGGAAAUCUACAUGUAGCAGCCGCGAAUCUUGACGCCCGUCAUCCUUUGAAACGCUGCUGUGAUGGCCGUGGUACAUGGUGUAAUACGAAUAAGAAUUGUUACAAGGAUCUGCGUUUGAAGAUACGCAAUCUCUCCAUGUUCAAGUUAUCGCGUUUCCGACAAGUAUCCGAACAGUCCCUCUACCGCUCGGUGCUCAUCUGCAAUACCCUUAAACGCAUCGAUCGCGAAAUCGAAACCGAAGCGAAGGAGAUGCAUCAAGCAGCUGCACAGGCCGCAGCCGCACAACAUCAAUACCAUCAGCAUCUGCACCCGCCGCAUCAUUUGCAACAUCACUUGAGUCCACAACAGCCACCGCAACAACUCUUGGUGCCCCAGCAGCCACAUACCAUGCUGCAUCAACAGCACCAGGACUAUGCGCCGCCUGUGAUGAACUGUGCGCGUCUCUCCAACAUGGACUAUCAGGUGCAACAUCAACCGCCAACGCUACUACAACAACAACCGCCACAGCACUUCACGCAACAUGUACCACACUAUCAGAGUCAACAACCCGAACGGCUCGACACGCCGCCGCCUUAUUUGAGCGGACCUACACAGCACCUACAGAAGCCAGUCACCGGCGGUUUUGCACUCAACAGUAGCGUUGGUAGUAUUAAUGUAAAUAACUGUGAUUCUACGAAUGGCGCAGCGGCAAUACAUCCUUACGACCACUAUCCUUUCCGGGAGUCGCAAUCUGGACGCGCAACUCCAUUUCCCUGCCAACCAGUAAUGUCGCCCGCGCCGUCUUCAACAACACCAACACCGGCAACGACGCAAACACAACUGCACACAGUUUCAACGACAAUGAGUGCGUCAAAUAUAACAACAGCAGCGCCAAUGCAGAACAUAAGCUCCACAGCGGCGUUAACAAGCGCAACCAGUAGCGUAGGUACGGCAUCACAAGUAACUACCGCCGCGACGUCUGUUGCCACCGCCGAUAAUAGUGAUUCUGGUUACGCGGACGACGAUUCAACACGUUCCAUCAACUGGAGUUCGGUGCUUAGUUUGUCAUCACAAUCUGCGUUGGAUCCGCUCAACAACAACGACCUAUUUGCCAUAUUGCCACCCGCGUUAUCGAUAGCCAGCCCAGCCACCGCAACACCGGUGCCCGUAUCAGCUGCUUUAGCAACGAACGCCAGCGCGUCGGACAGCACAACACAAGCAUCGGCUGUUGCUAUCAGUGGCACCUUCACCACCGUGCAAUCAACAUCUGCCUCCAGCACCAGCGCCAGUGCAACAACCACGAGCAGUAGCAGCAGCAGUGCAGCAUACAACACAUGUACCUCUUCAUCGACGGCCACAUUCACCACGCUUUCGACCAUCUCCUCAGCGACGCAUUCGCUCACCUCAUCGUAUGUGAGCAGCAUGAGCGCUAAUGCAGCGGCCGCCUCAGCGUCCUCGACGUGGGAGUACGGUUUUCUUGAUAUGGAAUUCGGUUUGGGCUCAGAAUUCACCGAAUUAGUGCCCAGCUGUAAAUUGAAUUCGGAUGAGCUCUUCAAGAGCAGUCUAACGCCAGUGGUCGCGGCGUCACGUUAUUCCUCCGUGCACGACAAUGAGCUGGAACAACCGGCGCACAUUAUGGUCGGCAGUUAGUAUCAAUUGUAAAGCAGCGAAACAAUGCAGGAGACGUGGUGCCGAGCUUUAUACUACUGUGACGGCGGUACGUACUGCAACGCCAACAGGUGGCCUUGCUGGUGUUUAUGACCGCUAAUGGCGCCGGACGCCUGGUGUCCAUGGAGAACAUGGCAUACGUUGUGGCGAGUAGCGGGUGCGCUAAGCCACUGAGCAGCAAGCAGCGGAAACACUUAACAGCCGAAAAUAUGUUAAGAUACAUUGUAUAUGUACAUAACUUCCAUGUGGGAGUGAGCGCAGCGCUCUGACGCUCUUUCACUAGCAUACAUGCAUAUGUAUUUGUUAGAUUUGUACAACCAUAUAUGCUACUUUGUAUUAAAAAUUUGACUGCAAGUUAAAUUAAUUCUCUUAAGUGUAUAAUGGUCAGGUUGUGAACUUUUUGUUUCGAAACUGUAUAAAAACUGUAUGUGCAGCAAGUAGCACACAAAGCAGCAGCUAAGGCGCAUAGUUUGAAUAGAAAUUAUCUUCUUUUGUCAUAAAAUGUACUUAUUUGUGAAUUUAAAAUACUUAAUACAGAAGCAGAAUUGUACUUAA